AUGUCAGAGGGAGCUUUGGAAUGGAAGUUUAGUCAGAUGUUUGGGAAUAGGAAUCCCGCUGAAGAUGUAUCAGAUGGUGAUAUAGUGUCUGCGAUUGAGUUUGAUCAUACUGGAGACUACAUUGCAGCGGGUGAUAGGAGUGGAAGAGUGGUGUUGUUUGAGCGUGUACAUGGAUCAGAUAGCGAUGACAACUAUGAUGAUGAGGAGCAACAACAACAACAGCAACAACAACAGUCAAGCCGAUGUGAAUACAAGUUCUACUGCGAGUUUCAAAGCCAUCAGCCAGAGUUUGACUACCUAAAGAGUUUAGAGAUCGAGGAGAAGAUCAACAAGAUCAAAUGGUAUCCAAAGCAACUCGAUGCUCACUUCCUUCUAACAACCAAUGACAAGACUAUUAAGCUUUGGAAGGUAUAUGAGAAGAAAGUGAAGCAACUGUCAUCGACAACAUUGUCAAAUGGUAGUGGCAGUGGCAACAAUCAUAUAAGUAUACAGAACAAUAAUGGAAGCAGUAACAGUAAUAGUAUAGAUAGUAUGACCGAUGAUAAUAAUAACAAUAGUAUAUUUAAGAUACCUCGCUUGACGACCACGCGAGAAACAACAGCCUUUCCAAAGAAGGUGUAUGCCAAUGCACAUGCCUAUCAUAUCAACUCGAUAUCACUAAACUCGGACGGAGAGACGUACAUCUCAUCGGACGACCUCCGCAUCCACUUGUGGAACCUAAACAACAACCACGAGUGCUUCAACGUAGUGGACAUCAAGCCGACCAACAUGGAGGACCUGACCGAGGUGAUCACCAGCGCCGAGUUCCACCCGACAUCGUGUAAUAUAUUUAUGUACAGUUCAAGCAAGGGUACGAUCAAGCUGGGAGACCUGCGAUCGUCGGCGCUGUGCGACCAGCACAGCAAGGUGUUCGAGGAGCCCGACGACCCCUCAACCAAGUCGUUCUUCUCCGAGAUCAUUUCCUCCAUUUCCGACAUCAAGUUCAGCCGAGACGGCCGCUACAUUUUGUCGCGCGACUACUUGACGCUCAAGCUGUGGGACAUCAACAUGGAGAGCCGUCCGCUCAAGUCCAUCCAGAUACACGACUAUCUUCGUCCGAGACUGUGCGACCUCUACGAGAACGACUGCAUCUUUGACAAGUUUGAGUGUGCCAUCAACCACGACGGCUCGCAGAUGUUGACAGGCUCCUAUAACAACUUCUUCCACAUCUAUGAGCGCGACUCUAAACAAGACGUCUUCAUGGAGGCAUCCAGGAAUGCCUACAGGCCAAGGACCAGAUCAAUGGCAGACCUAUCACUGGACUUCACAAAGAAAGCAUUGCAUGUCUCAUGGCAUCCAACUGAGAACCUCAUAGCAUUGGGCACAAGCAAUUCAAUGUAUCUCUUCUCAGCAACGAACUAA